AUGGAAGAGGGAAUGCAAGUGGAUCCGCCGCCGCGAGCUCCACAAUCGGUGAAAGAAGAAGAAGAAGCGGAGGAGAGUCCGGAUUCGGACGAAACGACGGUAAAAAUGAGGACUGUGGCAGAAAUAUGGCAAAGUCGAAUUUUUAGCAGCCGCGAGAACGAGAACCGCAUCCGGGAGUCGUUUUGGAGUCGAAGACGCGGAUAAAUAUUACCGUCAAGAAAUUGCAUGUAAGGAUGCGUUUUUUGCGACGAAAAACUAGAAACUUCGGGGGAAAACGUGGAAGCAUUUUCUCGAAGAUUACAACGAUCUAGUGGGUCCAAAUGUUCUUUUUUGCUAUCUAGAGCCAGAAAGGAACCAUUUUGAAGCGAAUUGCUGUUUAGGCCUAUUUGAGUUGCAUUUUCUCGAAGAUUAGGAGGUUUCAGUGGGUCCCAUUGUGUUUUUUGACAUCUACAGACACAUUAGAAGCAUUCUGGAGCAAAUUGAGCAAAAAAGGUUUUUCAAGGAGUUUGAACUUUUUUCCAUCACAUUAGUAUGCGAAAAUUUUCACAUUACCUGAAAAAUGUUUUUUGAUCAAUUUGCUGUAGAACGUUUCUACUGUGUCUGUAGAUGUCAGAAAACACAAUGAGACCCUCUGAUACCCUCUAAUCUUCGAGAAAAUUCAACUCAAAGAACUCUGAAAUGCACAUUUGCAUUCGUUUUUAAGCUCCCACUGUAUUUUUUCCAUCUAAAGCAACUAUAAAAUCUUUGCAAACCUAAUUGAGCAGAAUUCCACAUACAUUAGGAAAAAUGUUGCUUUAUUUCCUUUGAAAUGCUUGUAUUGCUGCUCUAGACAUCAAAAAGCGCUAUUUAAACGAUAAAAUUGUUGUUUUUGAGGUGUGCGGCGAGUGGAAGUGGAUCCAGGGCAGCGAGGACACGUGCGGCAUCUGCCGGAUGGAGUUCGAGUCGGCGUGCAACGCGUGCAAGUUCCCCGGCGACGACUGUCCGCUCGUUCUCGGCACUUGCCGUCACGCUUUUCACCGCCACUGCAUCGAGAAAUGGAUCGCGGCGCCGUCGAAUCAGCCGAAGGCGCAGUGUCCGUUAUGCCGUCAGGACUGGCAACUCGUCGAACCUGCGCACUAA